GGUCCAAAGAAAAAAAAAGUUUGGGAAUCACACCAGACGAAAUAUUUUUCUAUUUCGACAAUCUUUGAAGAAUAGAACAAUUCAAAGCCUCAGACAAUUUUGAAUUCUUCACUCAUUUAGUUGAUUUUGAAGCAUUUACUAUUUAUUUCUGUCAUUGCCGCCAUAAUGUCUCCAAUUGCCGCAUCGCCUUCUAAAGGCUACAAGUCAGAAUCUACAUUGGCUAGAUUGUUGGGAUCAGGAUCUGCCGGUAUUGCUGAGCUUGCUGUCUUUCACCCUGUCGACACAAUCGCAAAGAGAUUGAUGAGCAAUCAGGGAUCGACCAAGGGCAAAUUGGCAGAAGUUAUCUUCAAGGACAAGGCAACAGCAUCUGUCGGCACCAAAUUCUUUUCUCUCUUCCCGGGUCUUGGAUACGCUGCAGGAUACAAGGUUCUGCAAAGAGUCUACAAGUAUGGUGGACAACCAUUUGUUCGCGAUUAUCUUACUACACACCACGGUAGUACAUUCGAAAACACAUUUGGCAAAAAGACUGGAAAGGCUAUGAUGAGUUCAGUAGCAGGAAGUCUUGUUGGAAUCGGAGAGAUUGUCCUCCUUCCUCUCGAUGUUCUUAAGAUCAAGCGUCAGACAAACCCUGAGGCUUUCAGAGGACGAGGAGUUGUGAGAAUCGUUAGAGAUGAAGGGUUUGGAUUAUACAGAGGCUGGCAAUGGACCGCUGCGAGAAACGCACCAGGAUCCUUUGCUCUCUUCGGAGGAUCUGCCUUUGCUAAAGGAUACCUUUUCAAUUUGAAUGAUUACAACAAGGCCACCUGGUUCCAGAACUUCGUGGCUUCUAUUGCCGGUGCCUCUGCAUCUCUUGUCGUCUCCGCGCCUCUCGAUGUUAUCAAGACCCGUAUUCAAAACCGUAACUUCGAAAACCCAGAGAGUGGUUUCAGAAUUGUGUCAAGCAUGAUGAAGAACGAGGGCAUGACUAGUUUCUUCAAGGGUUUAACACCAAAGCUAUUGAUGACUGGACCAAAAUUGGUGUUCUCUUUCUGGCUUGCACAAACUUUAAUCCCUGCUUUUGAUAUCGCUCUUUCCAAAUAGAUUGUUCGUGUGCAAUGGAGUCUCAUAAUGUAAUAAUACCAAGACGGAUGGGAUGGAAAACUGGCGUUUAAUGAUAUAGAACGAUAUAUUGUACCCUCCUUGUAGAUAGCUGGGAGUCGAUAUAUGGGAGGGCAAAUCACUCGACUCAAAUGACAAUGACAAUGAUAAACGGAAUAGAUACCUAAAUUAUUGCUGUUACA